AGCUUUCUCACAUGAUUCUAUUCAAUACAUGCAAUGGAUCAUGCAUAGUCAAAAUAUCUACAUUAGACAUGCAUUGAACGGGGGCGAAGUUAAGAUAGAUAACUACACAGUAGACGGCUAUUCUGAAAUCGGGGGCAUGAAAAUAGUUUUUGAGUAUUUUGGUUGUUAUCACCACGGCUGCUCAGAAUGCUACAACCUCUCUAAUAUAUGUCCGACAACAAAACGCCCCUUUCAGGAGAGGUUUGACACCACCCAAAAGAAAAUUCAGGAACUACAGCUUAAACAAGAUGUGCACCUUGUAAUUAUGUGGGAGCACGAAUGGCUGCAAAUGAAAAAAUUGAACAUAGAGGUUAAGGAAUUCCUGAAAAAAACCAAAUUCCCUACACCGCUCAAGCCGAGGCAGGCUCUUUUCGGAGGUCGAACAAACACAUUUGUUUUAAGAUACACGGCAGAAGCUGACGAGAGGGUGUUGUACGUUGAUGUCACAUCAUUAUAUCCUUUCAUUAACAGUACAGGCAUCUACCCUAUUGGUCAUCCGACGAUUAUCCACGGUGAUUUUAAAGACCCAAGACUGUAUUUCGGCUUCAUAAGCGCUACCGUCAAUCCGCCUCGUGGUUUGUAUUUUCCUGUUUUACCUUUCAAAACAGCUAAAGGUAAACUCCAACAGACAGCCUGUACACAUAAUGAUGAGCAAAGAUCGUUAACAGGUGUUUGGACAACCCCUGAAUUUGUUAAGGCACUUGAUCUUGGCUACACCGUUGCAGAUAUUACAGAAGUAUGGCAUUACACAAGAGCGAGCGACACAAUUUUCCGUGAUUACAUGCGAGCAUUUCUGAAAGGUAAACAAGAAUCUUCAGGCUAUCCAGCGCAUGCGGUCAAUCAGGCUGAUAGAGAAAAUUACAUACAGAGCUACGCGAUUCAUCAGGGUAUCCAACUAGACCCUUCUAAAAUUGCUGUAAACCCUGGAAAACGACAAGUUUCAAAACUCUGUUUAAAUAACCUGUGGGGAAAACUAGCCCAGCGUGAGAACAUGACAAACACAAAGAUUGUGACAAAAUCUGAGGAAUUUUUUGAACUUCUGUUUUCGGGUCUGUAUGAUGUGAAAUUCUUCCACUUUAUCAGCGAAAAGCUUUCGAUUGUACAGUAUUGUUUCAACAUAAACAAUGAGAUACCCGCCUCAAAAACAUCAAACGUGGCGGCUGCGUGUUUCACAACCGCAUAUGCACGUCUAAAAAUGUACAGCUAUUUAGAAAUUUUACAGACGCGCGUUCUUUACACCGACACAGACAGUCUCGUGUACACGGUGAAACCUGGCGAAAGUGCCCUCCCGCUAGGGGAUUAUCUGGGCGAUUUGACAGAUGAGCUUUCGAAUGACAGCAUUUCAGAAUUUGUCUCAGCAGGGCCUAAAACAUACGCUUACAUGACAAGAGCGACCGGCCUCACAAUCAUGAAGGUGAAAGGGAUCACGCAGACUCACGAAAGCGGUCAGAGUAUCAAUCUUGAUAGCAUGCUCAAUAUGGUUCAGGGGUACAUCGACACAGAAGAAUUGUCGGGGGUGGACCACACGUCCGCUGUCUGUGAUGCGGCCCCAUACGGCAUGAGGAACUCAAAGAUCUUUGAUGGCGUUUGCACAGCCACCUCAGCCGCCAUGUUUGCUUAUUUCUCGGGGCUUGUCCAUAGUGUUAUCGUCCCGUUUGGCUCCGUCUGCAUCCCCCUUGAGGUAUGA